CUUCAUGACGCGCACGAUCUGCUGACUCGUAGCUCACGAGCAGCACAAAGGAGCUUUGCACGACUACUCAACGCGCGUGCAUGUGUGCGUGUGUUGUUGUGAUACCUGGACACCGUCCGUUCUUUGUUUUUAGCAACGGCGUACAGACCACGUGACCAGCCAUGAACCCUAACCUUUUUUGCUGGACCCUGCUGAUCCUGAUGGACGUCGUGCUGUGCCGGACGAUAGACCUGUCACAUGUGAUAGACAGAAACAGCUUCGCGCCGUUCGGCGCACCAAAGUACAACUGGUCCGAACUGUUUCUGGGAAUAAAUCUAGGAGUUUAUAUGGAGUCAGGAGCUUACAGCAUCGGGGAACAUGUUGGGACGCACAUUGACGCUCCGUCACACUUCAGUAAAGGUUCGAAAACACUUGAGAAGUUGACGAUCGAGGACACGAUCGCUGAAGGCGUCAUGAUCGACUGCUCAGAGGAGGCGAGACAAGAUCGGGAGUACCAGGUCACUUUAGAGAAGAUUGAAGAGUGGGAGAUCAAACACGGCAAAAUACCUGACCAGGCUGCCGUCAUCUUCAACUUUGGCUGGUCGGCAAAGUUCGGCAAUCCACUGGAUUAUGUAGGAGACGCGAAAGGCAAUAUUAGCAACUUUGUCUUCCCCUCCAUUAGCGAGACGGUGUCCGACUUCCUCCUGUACAAGCGGAACAUCAAGAUCAUCGGGACAGACACGGUCAGCCCUGACGCCAUGAAACUCAGGGGGAAGCCACUCCCACGCCCCCACAUCCACACGACUUAUCUGCCCAGGGACCGGCUCAUCGUGGAGAACUUGAAGGGGACGGAUCAACUUCCGGCCAAGAACUUCAGAUUUUUCGCCAACCCCACAAAAUUUGACCGUGGGACUGGGGGUCAAGUUCGAGCUUUCGCCAUGACCUUUGACCCAAAGUUAGAAGAAGAAAAUGGCGCAGCUAAGCAUAGCUCAAUGACUGCUUCUAUUGUUUGUUUAAUGUCUUUCCUGGCAGCUAUAGUCUAUUAAUUUGUUGGUGCCUUCAUCGAUUGCAUUCUCAUGUAUUGUUGCUUGUAAUAAACGUUCAUAUAA